UCCAGCCUGCGCUCGGGCCCGCCCGCCGCCAGCUGUCGCCGACAUGGAAUCUGUGGCCAGCAACAUCCAGGUCCUGCUGCAGGCGGCCGAGUUCCUGGAGCGCCGCGAGAGAGAGGCUGAGCACGGAUACGCGUCCCUGUUCCCGCACCGAAGUCCAGGCCCCGUCCACAGAAAGAGGAAGGGAUCCCCCCAAGCUCUCGGCGCGUUGGACAGUGGGCGGUCUGUGCACAACGAGCUGGAGAAGCGCAGGAGGGCCCAGCUGAAGCGGUGCCUGGAGCAGCUGAAGCAGCAGAUGCCCCUGGGGGCCGACUGUGCCCGAUACACCACACUGAGCCUUCUGCGCCGGGCCAGGAUGCACAUCCAGAAGCUGGAGGAGCAGGAGCAGCGGGCCCAGAGGCUCAAGGAGCAGCUGCGCAGCAAGCAGCAGAGCCUGCAGCAGCAGCUGGAGCAGCUCCGGGCGCCGGCGGGGGCUGGCGAACGGGAGCGGCUGCGGGCAGAUAGCCUGGACUCCUCAGGCCUCUCCUCUGAGCGUUCUGACUCAGACCACGAGGAGCUGGAGGUGGACGUGGAGAGCGUGGUGUUCGGGGGUGAGGCCGAGCUGCUGCGGGGCUUCAGUGCAGGCCAGGAGCACAGCUACUCACACAGCGGCGCCUGGCUAUGACCCUCGCCACCCCAGAGCGUGCCUCUGCCUUCCCCAAGCCUCGCGGCUGCUCAGUCACCUCCUGUUGGAAUGGACUAAAAGGACCUUGGUGCGGGAGCAGGUGCUCUCCUGCCCCUCUGCUGGCUGCUGCAGUGCCUCCAAGGGGAGAGGGGAGGGGCCCUGGCCUCCCGAGCCCAGCACGGCGGGCAGCUUAGGCCUGGGCCACCCUUCCAGGCAUUUUUUUGUAGCACUUCGUUCUGUUGUCCUCACAGGGACAGGAAGCCUCUUGGGCCCACCUCCACAUUUCUUCCUAGACAAGGCCCCCUGGCCUUUGCCCCAUACUGUACAGUGUUUUCAUUAAAAGGCUUUC